UUAGUACAGUUGGAAUCAAUCAUACAGUAGAUAUUACCAUUACAAGUCAGUUAAAAAAGGUAAUAAAACAGUUAGUUAAGAUGGAUGACUACGUCAACAAAGAGGUUGUUGAAAUUGACAAGGUUAUUGAAGGAAACCAGAAUGGAGCAAUGAGGAGAGUGACAACUGAGACACAUCCCUCAGUGUGUAUCUCCCCAGGACCUGACAUUUCAGGGAGAAGAAUCUACAGGAUGGUUGCUGUAAUCUUUGGGAUGCUAUGUGUUCUACAAGUCACUCUCAACAUCUCCCUGCGACUAGAAUCAGACUGUCUGACUGAAGAGAGAGACCAGCAACAGAGUGAGAAAGAUGAAAAGUUCUCUAUUCCGGGCUGGAACAAGUUUGAAUCCUGUUGGUACUUCGUCUCUUCUGAGAGUAAAACCUGGAGUGAGAGCAGACAGGACUGUAUGGAGAAAGGAGCAGACCUGGUGAUCGUAAACAGCAGAGAGGAACAGAGAUUUCUCUUUGCCCUCAACAAGAGAUUCUGGAUCGGUUUGACUGACAAUGAGACUGAGGGGUCCUGGAAAUGGGUUGACGGCACACCACUGAUAACAAGUUACUGGAUGAUCAACCAGCCUAAUAAUGGACGAAGUGUUUCAACCUUUCCGGGGGAGGACUGUGUUGUACUACAAAAUGGACAAGACCAGCCUGAAAUGACAUGGAAUGAUUUAAAUUGUGUACAAAAACAUUUCUGGAUUUGUGAGUUGUGUAAACAAUAACCUACCGUAACAACUACCCAUCCACCAUCUCCCCAUCUAUCUCUCUCUCUCUCUCUCUCUCUCUGACUCUCCCGCUCUUAUUCUGUCUCCAUACUUACUCAUUUAUGUUUGUUUCAUUCUGAACAUAUGAAUCACUUUCCCAUCUACUUCCUGGGAUGCAUUAGUAGCUUCCUGUCUUCAGUGGUUAAAUGGACACAUCAGACACAGACAAUGAUUGAGACACAUCACUGAAAGUAAACAGCUGCAUUAGAACAGACAGAAGGGACCAGUAUGAGAUUGUCAAGUCAGUACAGUCGACUCCUGAUAGGUGCACAUCAGAUAAGUGUGAGACCUGGGUUCAAAUACAACUUGAAAUCGUUCAAAAGCUUUGAGCGUUUGCUUUAGCCUGCCUUCAGAGCCAGGUGGGUACUGGGAAUUGUCUGUUGCAACAGAAGUAUUUUAAAUAAUUUCAUAUAGAGAGUCAUUCUGGCAGUACUCAGACACUGGAUUAAUUUAUUAGGUCUCGUCGUCUC